GUAGCUAGAGUUUAUCGUGUUAGCGUUGAAGGAAGAUUGGAGGCCGGAAUUGCAAUGUGGAGGCUUCUGUUUGUUCUGCUCGUGUUUGCAGCUUGUGACGGGCCUGCGGCCACAGCUCAGCUCUUGGGCCCAGAGGAGUGUGGGAUUGGGUAUCAGUAUAGAUCUCCGCCCGAGAUGCUCAACUGCCGAGCUAAUAUCACUGUGACCCGCCUGAACUGCUGGGUCGCAAUCCCCAAUGUUACACCACCAGGUGCUAGGGUCAAUGUCGUGUGGUAUUGGAGAAGUCGUGACGAAGCAGAGAGGGGAUCAAAUUCAGCAUUU